UGGCCGACGUGAGCCAGAUGCCUGAAAGCGCCAGAAAACAAGCUUGAGCGGGGUAUGCUGGCGUCUCCCCGGGAAUGUGCAAAGUUUCCUCGGAUCGGACACAAGCAAAGGACUAGAGGUGCAGUCAGAAGAGGACAGGGACGUAUAUUUUAAAGAGGGAAAUUUGCUGCUAUGUUAAUGUAAAGAAAGUUCCCGCUGACACGUCAACGCGUCGAAAGAACCGGACACACGCCUCCACUGUAAUAUUUCAUUCAUCAGCAGAAGAGAAAGAUGGAAGUUAAAUGUCUCGCGCUGAAAGACCUCACGAGUCCCAGGAAAGGUUUCACGGAGGAGGAUGGGGGCCACGGUGAACAGAAGGAAAACGUCUACGCAGAGAGGAGAAGGUCCACGCCUCUGAAAUCCGCAGAGACCCCCGGCCCCAGUUUAGCGAUGAGGAGAAACGGGCCCCCCCCCGACAUGUCCCACGUCACCCCCAUUAAACACACACCCCUCGCCGAUCCUUGGACCCCCACAGCCAAUUUGAAGAUGCUGAUCAGUGCGGCGGGCCCGGACAUCCGGGACAGAGAGAUGAAGAAGGUGCUGUUUAGACCCAUCGAGAACGAGAAGCCCGAAAGCCCUGAUACUCUAGCGGAGGACACGGAGGUAGAAGACUCUUGUCAGUUCGACGCUGGGGAUGAGGAGGAUGACACCGAAAAAAAGCCCAGCAGAAAGCAGAAGAGUCUGGGUCUGCUGUGCCAGAAGUUCUUGGCCCUGUACCCCGACUACCCACCGCUGCACUGCCCCAUCUGGAUCUCUCUGGACGAGGUGUCGACCAAUCUUGGAGUGGAGCGGCGGCGCAUCUACGACAUCGUCAACGUGCUGGAGUCCCUCAUGCUCGUUGGUCGGAUUGCCAAGAACAGCUACAGCUGGUAUGGUCGCCUGCGGCUGGAGGCCACGCUGGCGGAGCUGCAGCGGAGGGGUCGGCAGCAGGGCUACCACCUCCAGAUGGACCCGGCCACUGAGGGCAGGGGGCCCAGGUCGGGGCACGAGGACGACGGGGCGGAAGGAGACGCUGUCAGCGGUGCUUGCGGCAAUAGGAAAGACAAAUCUCUGCGCAUCAUGAGCCAGAAGUUCGUCAUGCUCUUCCUGGUGUCCAAGACUCAGACGGUUACUUUGGACGCAGCAGCAAAGAUUCUCAUCGAGGACAGCCAGGACUCGUCCAGUCACAGCAAGUACAAAACCAAGGUGCGGCGGCUGUACGACAUCGCAAACGUGCUGACCAGCCUGCGCCUCAUAAAGAAGGUCCAUGUGCGUGAGGAGAGAGGCAGGAAGCCCGCCUUCAAGUGGCUCGGCCCCGUCGACUUCAAAAGCUCUGCGAGUGCUGGACAUGGUGUGAACGGGGCAGCUGUCGCUCUGCCCGGGGCCACGCACACAGUGGCGGGCGUCGACCUCGGAGGAGCCAAGAUGGUGCGCCACGCCUCCUUCAAUGUCACACCCACUCCUGUGGGCGUACAGCGUCUGGUCAACUCUGCACCCAGCAGUCCACGGCGAGACGUCACCGGUCUGCCAUCCCAGCCGGUGGAUUAUUCGAAAAAGACUCCAGGCAACAGCGCGGUGUGUCGCCUGCAGUUUGGCAGCAGCACUGAUAACCGCCCUAUCGGCAGCAGUGGCAGCCCGCUGGCUCCGUCCGACAGCCGCCCCGCCCUGCGGGCCCCACACCCGGAGCACCUCUUCGCCACCAACUCCUCCUCCUCCCGACACUGCUUGGCCUACCUGCCCAACCUGUCCCAGCCUUCGGUGGUCAUGCUGUACCAGGCGCCGGACACUCCUGACUGGACGCCCGAAGGUCUGAGGUCGCCGAGGGCGGAGUCUGAUGAGGGCAGCAAGAGGAGGAGGAGGAGUAAAGAGGAUGAGGAGGAAGAAGAGGGGACGGUGUUCAAAAAGCAGAAGGCGCACGGGUUCUUGGGAUGUGACGAGGGGGGAGAUGAACGUCACAGGGAAGCAGCAGAGGGUUCCCCAGCAGGUCACACCAGGAUGUCCCCCAGUCGCCCAGCAGGCCACGUCGGAGAGCACAGUCAUGGACGCAGCAGCAGUGAGCCCGCCCAACCAUCACACUACCUCUACGUACCCAACAACGCAGGUUUAAACAACCUUAACUUCCUCUUCUCCGCCGGCCAGUCGCCAGCCGGUUUGGCCCACACCGGCGUCCCCACCCUGGCGCUGCCCUACGUCCUGAUGCCCUCUGCAGCCCUCUCCCAUUACCCUGUGGUGGCCGGAGGCCUGCAGCAGCAGGGCUCCGAGGCCUGUAACAAACUGAGCUUCAGCCUGCCGGCCGCUGUGAUGUCACCUGCCCACUUUGUGAUGGGCGCGGCGCCGUACGGCCUGGCGGCGGCAUCGGAGAUCAACGGGCCUGCGGCGGCAUCGCCGUCCAAUCAGGAGCAGAGCAGGCUGUACGGCUCGGUGACUGGAGCUCCACAUUCUCCCUCAGGCCCGCAUCACACUGUGAGCAUCCACACACCACAACCACUGACACCACAAACACCGAAGGAAAGCGCACCAUCUGCCUCCAAGUCUUUCUUCCAGACCCCAGGCACACUGGGAAGUGUAGUCAGCUCUGCGCCAGCGGCCCGAAAACGAGGCUCGGCCCAGAGGAGGCUGGACAUCGGCCACCCGCCGACCAACCAGCUGGACAUGUGAGGGGAUGGCUAACGUCCCGUUUUAACACUCAGCUGUUGAUUCUGAAUGUGAAAGAAUGGAGUUUUAAACCAUUGGUGCUUUGUUUAUUAGUUUAUUAAUAAAUGUAGGGGUUUCCUCCCAAAAUGCACGAGAAACACCGUUAGCGGAGAACGGAAAUGAACUAAGAUACCAAAUUGUUUGUUAUCUGAUAUUUUGCAAUUGACAGUUUUUUUCAUUCUUAAAACUCUUCUGUUAUUGGUCUCCUCUUGGCUCCGUUACAGGACAAGAUUUCAGUGAAUGAGAAGCAGUAUUGCUAGUGUCACAGUGCCCUCCUGUGGUGGGAGUUGGUUACUGCUGUAUGUAUUUUAGCCAAGAUCCUCCUUCCCAGAUGUGAUCAAGCUACCCAAUUCCCCAUAUCCAAUUGCUAUUUAUAUUUUAGUUAAUAUAUGAUUAUACAGACUGUAAUGGAACAUGGACUAUGUUCCGACAGAAUGUCCAGCUUACUUUAAAGUGAUUUUUGUCAGUUGACCCCUUCAGGUUGCGUUUCAUCGUCACGGUAUAAUAGAACUUCUAUUCGCUGCAGAUCACCAGCAGACAAUCCCCUCGUGGCUCAUUUCAGACAUCACUGUAAGGAGAGCAAUCACUAAAGCUUUAAAAGUUUUUAGCCAGCCGAGCAUCCCCGCGUUCUUGGCCUACUUGAUCCUUCCCAUCAGGAAGACAAAUGUCACUAGUGCUAUGCAUGUUUUAUCUGUGGUAUCCGCAACCGCUGUGCUUGAAGGUUAAACGCCAAACCCUGACGACUGAGGGAUGAUGUGAGCCUGCGCUCAGGUACUUGAAUACUUGUGACUUCAGAGUACUGUAAAGAUGUAUUUUUAAUCUUGAAUUUAGAAUUUGAAGUUUGGGAGCUCCCAGUAUGGCCACAUCCUGCUCAUGUUGGCAGAGCUAAGCGCCUUACCUAAGGCACCUUGGAGGAGAUAAAAGAACUGGUGCCAGGGGAUUUGUAUCAUCAGUCCACUAACUUGCCUCCAGACAACUCUGCAAAAGUACCAGAACUUUGUGCAGGAAUCGGAUUUCCUUCGGAAGAAUUCAGCGGUUUCACACCAAAGGGUGCACAAAUAAUCCACUGACCAGUGGAUGUGUAUUCGUGAAUGUACAGUUUGAUGUCGUUUUUGUAUAUUAUAUUCAGAUUGCCAUUUAUACCUCCACAUGGAGAAUGUCAAAUGCCGCUUGACUGUGUCGGAAAAUAAUGAUUAUUGCACUGCUAGUUUUAGUAGUUGUGUCUUCUGGUGCAUCUUUAAAAUAACCCUGGCGCUGUUGCUUCACUGUAGCUCUCUACUCUGUAAGUAAGGGCCAAAC